AUGUUUUACCGAGGUGACGUCAUCGCGAAAAGUGACAUCACCACCGACAAAGCUCCCGUCUGCCGUCCAGAUUACUAUGGUAUUCCGACGACGUCUUCAUCGUCCGGGUCCCGAUCGGAAUCUCCAGAACUCGAAAGACCGCCCAUCUUUCCCACUCACACGACAGCCGUCGAAUGCUCUUCAAUUAAUUCUGAAGUCAUAGUUGAGCCCCUCGAAACGGAUUUAGACCAAAGUGUCCUCCAAGCUCUGGGGUCCAUAGUCCCAACACAAAGUUCGAUGGGCCAGCCGCUUCAUGACAUUUUGGUAGGGCAGAUUAAUACCUUUUUAAAGUCCGGUGUAUCAGAAGAUUGUCUCAGUGACCUUUUGCGUAAAUAUCCAGUGCCGAAGAAUUGCCCCCUCAUUGAUCCUCCAAAAUUGAAUGUGGAGAUGAAGUCUGCCAUCAACGAAGGUGGCAAGAAAAGGGAUGAGAGACUGAUGGCAAGACAGAAGGAAGUAGGGGUUGCUUUGACGGCUGUUGCUAGGGCACUCUCGACCUUGCUUUUCAAACCGGUUAAGGAUGAGGAGUCCUUACUCCUCAUCGAAACCUUGAGUAAUGCAAUAUGUAUUUUAAGCAAAAUACACCAUUCGGAUUCCAUGUAUAGAAGAUCGGCUGUGUUAAGCCUUUCGCUGGGCCCAAAUGGACUGCAGCGAUGCAUGAAGGAGGCGCUCGUUAAUGCUUCUUUGGACUGUUUCUUAUUUGGAGAAGAUUUGUCUGACACGCUGAAAUCAGCAAAAGCCAUUGGUAGAUCAGUGGCAGAUUUGAGAGCAGGUGCAUCCAGAACAAGACCUUUACAGCAUAGGGAUUUAAACUCGACAGGCCCACUUCGUUCUCGGAAGAUCCAAGGCCGAAUCCACAACUCUUGUUUGUCGUUGCCCAACGUUAGCGUUUGA